UGAUCCAAUUCAGAGGAGGCCUCCAUAAUUGUUGUGAUUGCUCCGCUUGAGGAGAUACCGCAAGAGAUUGGACGGUAUGGAUAAGUACGAGGAGGUGAAGGAUUUGGGAGCUGGCAAUUUCGGGGUGGCUAGGCUCAUGAGGAACAAGGAGACCAAGGAGCUCGUCGCCAUGAAAUAUAUCGAGCGUGGUGGCAAGAUUGAUGAGAACGUGGCGAGAGAGAUUAUGAACCACAGGUCCCUUCGACACCCCAAUAUAAUCCGAUUCAAGGAGGUCAUUUUGACCCCCACACAUUUAGCCAUAGUAAUGGAGUAUGCAGCGGGGGGAGAACUAUUUGAGAGGAUAUGCAAUGCCGGCAGAUUCAGCGAAGACGAGGCUAGAUAUUUCUUUCAGCAGCUGAUAUCUGGUGUCAAUUUCUGUCACACCAUGCAAAUAUGCCACAGAGAUUUAAAGCUUGAAAAUACCCUUUUGGAUGGAAGUCCGGCACCUCGCCUGAAAAUUUGCGAUUUUGGUUAUUCCAAGUCAUCUUUGUUGCAUUCAAGACCCAAGUCUACGGUUGGAACCCCAGCUUAUAUAGCACCCGAAGUUCUUUCUAGGCGCGAAUAUGAUGGCAAGUUGGCUGAUGUGUGGUCAUGUGGAGUGACUCUUUAUGUGAUGCUUGUUGGAGCAUAUCCCUUUGAGGACCAGGAUGACCCAAGGAAUUUCCGGAAAACGAUCCAGCGAAUAAUGGCCGUUCAAUACAAAAUCCCAGAUUAUGUUCACAUAUCUCAAGAUUGCAGGCACCUCCUCUCUCGCAUUUUUGUGGCUAAUCCAUUGAGGAGAAUAACAAUCAAGGAAAUUAAGAUCCAUCCAUGGUUUCUGAAGAACCUACCAAGGGAGCUAACUGAGUCAGCGCAGGCUGUGUAUUACCAGAGAGACAACCCAAGCUUUUAUUCUCAGAGUGCGGAGGAAAUAAUGAGAAUUGUUGGAGAGGCAAGAACCCCGCCUCCAGUAUCCAGGCCUGUCAAAGGUUUUGGGUGGGAAGGCGAAGAAGAAGAGGAAGAAGAAGGAGCAGAAGAAGAGGUGGAAGAGGAGGAGGAAGAAGAUGAAGAAGAAGAUGAGUACGACAAGAGGGUGAAGGAGGUUCACGCAAGCGGAGAAUUUCAAGUCAGUUGAGCCAUACAAUUCUGAUGCACUCGUUCAAUUGUAUGCUAGUUAAGUUCGUAUUUAGAUGUAUCAUAAUUCAUGAAGACUUAUAAUAUAAACGUGGGAUAUAUACAAAUAGGCUCAGUUCAUGGCUGUAUUCAUCACGUAAUGUGUACUUGGUUCGGCCAUGGAUUCCAUGUUUGAGUUGUCUUAUAUUAUGGUCAAUAUGUACUCCAAUAGUAUUGCUGUAGCA